AUCCCUACUGAACACUACCCUGUUUUCUCCAGGUUCUGUGAUGGUGGAGCUGGAAGAGAGGGUGUCCCAGCUAGAGGAGUGGACGGAAGGCAAAGGUCUCAUCAUCCAGGGGGCUGCCGGAACAUUCUGCUCUGGGUCAGACCUCAACGCGGUCAGGGCUAUAUCCAACCCUCAGGAUGGGAUGAUGAUGUGUAUGUUCAUGCAGAAUGCCCUGACCAGGCUACUGAGGCUGCCUCUGUUGUCUGUAGCUCUGGUGGAAGGGAGCGCACUGGGAGGAGGAGCUGAGCUCACUACUGCCUGUGACUUCAGGUUGAUGGCGCCAGGCAGUGUGAUCCAGUUUGUCCAUAAACACAUGGGUCUGGUCCCUGGUUGGGGCGGUGCAGCUAGAUUGGUACGCAUCGUAGGCGGCCAGAACGCCUUGAAGAUGCUGGGUGGCGCUUUGAAAGUAGACCCAGAGAUGGGGCUUCAGAUUGGCUUGCGGACGGGGUCCUGGAGGGUUCCCCUGGCUGGGUCUGGAGCCAACACCCUCCUGGAGGCAGAGCAGUGGUUGGGACGCUACACCACGGGUCCAGCCCCGGUCAUCAGAGCCAUAAAGAACGUGGUGGUGUCUGGGAGAGCCCCCCUGGAGGUGGCUCUGAGCACUGAGAGGGACGUGUUCGGGACAGUGUGGGGAGGACCGGCUAACCUACAGGCUCUGGCCAGUAAGGCCAAACACAAGUGAAUUAACUAGUCUUGCGAUUUACAUUGUAUUCUCGUCCUAAUGUUCUGGAGAAACCUAGAAUGUCUGGAGUGGAAGCCGUCACCAGAAGACUGAACUGGAACACUAGGAUGGGAUGUAGAGGGUCUGAACUGAACACUAGGAUGUGAUGAGAGGGUCUGAACUGGAACACUAGGAUGGGAUGUAGAGGGUCUGACUGGAACACUAGGAUGUGAUGUAGAGGUCUGAACUGGAACACUAGGAUGGGAUGUAGAGGGUCUGAACUGGAACACUAGGAUGGGAGUAGAGGGUCUGAACUGGAACACUAGGAUGGGAUGUAGAGGGUCUGAACUCAACCAAACACACUGAACUAGUGUAUUCAUUCUGACAAUUCUGUUGCUUAAAAAAAAAAGGGUCUCUUAAAACAGAAGCAAAUGAAUCCUACCUGUAUUUGUCCAAUAGCAACUCUAGUUUUAGUUGGGAAACGUUUUGGCAGAAUGAAUACAUCCCUGAACUGUGCUCUGGGAGUUUGACAGUAUCCAAUGGCAGAUGUAUAUUGCUGUUUUGUGAGUGACCACUAACAAUCAAUUAUUUUUUGUGAAGAAUUGUUACCGACUGUUGGGAACAUUU